ACCAGAUUCUCCGGGUGUGAAGUAAGCAAUUUGUUCUUCUCAUUUCAUAUUAACAGCAAAAGUACAACUUUAUCUCCAACUUAUUUGAUUUCAUUAUUUGGCUUUUAAUUAACUAUAUGAGAAACAUAUAGAAAUUAGUCUGUGACCUAUAAGACAGAGAUUUCAGUAAUUUGAUCAAACAUUACAUCAUGUGAUACUCAGAUUUCCUUUCAAAGGCAGAACUCACAACAAGGAAGGUGGAAAAGCAACAAAAGGAACAAGACAGAAAGGAAAGGGAAGAUGAAAGACCGACUUCAAGAACUAAAGCAAAAAACAAAGGAAAUUGAACUUUACAGAGACAGUCAUGUGUUGAGUACGGAAACAGAGGAAAAAGGGGUGUUUGUGCAGCAAGCUGUUAUUUAUGAGAGAGAGCCUGUAGCUGAGAGACACCUACAUGAGAUCCAAAAACUACAGGAGAAUAUUAACAAUUUGGCAGAUGAUGUGCAAAGAUUUGGACAGCAACAGAAAAGUCUGAUGGCUUCAAUGAGAAGGUUUAGCCUCCUUAAGAGAGAGUCUAGCAUUACAAAGGAGAUAAAAACCCAAGCAGAACACAUUAACAGAGGUUUGGAUGAUUUAGUUAAAGAAGUUAAAAAGUCAGAGGUUGAAAAUGGUCCAUCGUCAGUCAUCACAAGGAUACUUAAAUCUCAGUAUGCUGCAAUGUUCCGCCAUUUUCAACAAACUAUGUUUAUAUACAAUGACACAAUAGCUGCAAAGCAAGAGAAGUGCAAGGCAUUUAUUUUUUGUCAACUUGAAGUUGCUGGUAAAGAGGUACCUGAAGAAGAAGUAAAUGAUAUGCUUCACCAAGGAAAAUGGGAAGUUUUUAAUGAAAGCUUACUCACAGAAAUCAAUAUCACUAAAGCACAACUCUCAGAGAUUGAACAAAGACAUAAGGAACUUGUUAAUUUGGAAAACCAAGUAAAGGAUUUACGGGAUCUUUUCAUUCAGAUAUCUCUUUUAGUAGAGGAACAAGGAGAGAGCAUCAAUAAUAUUGAAAUGAUAGUAAAUAGUACCAAAGAUUAUGUUAACAAUACUAAAGAGAAAUUUGGACUAGCAGUAAAAUACAAAAAAAGAAAUCCAUGCAGGAUACUGUGCUGUUGGUGCUGUCCAUGCCGUGGCUCAAAAUAAAGAAACUAUUUUUAAAAAUUUUCCAUAUUUAAGCUGAAGGAUGUAUUUCAGUGUCUGUUUUUCAUUGUUUCAUGGAUCCACACUUUAUCACUGUUAAGUCAUAAUUUUCCCCUUCAACACCCACUAGUAUUACAGAGAUUCCUGAAGUCAGUGACAUAAAUCUUUAAAUUUUAAUCAUCUGAAAACAGUAUGAAUACCUUCAACUCACAGGUUAACAAAAAAAAAAUCAGAUGAAUAAAUUGAAGUUUCUGAUCAGGUACUAAAUUCUAUUACACAUUUUUCCUAACUUCUAAUGCUUUAACAAGAUGAAUGUUCAAUUAAGUGAUGACUAUGUAAGCAAUACACUUGGCUAUUUGAGACUAUUUGGUAAUUGAGAAUUACAUAAAACAUGACAUCAGAGGAUGCGAUAAUAAAGCAAAAUCAAGUAGAUUUCACUUCAAAUUUGGUGGUAGAAAAAAAUGAGAGAAUUCUUGUGUGACAUUUUCCGUUUCCUUAAAGAACUAUAAGGCAAAAUUGUCAAAUGAAAGCUCAGUAGGUUUAAGGAGUAACAGAAAGAAAGCGAUAAGGAAUAAAAUAGUCAUUUGGGAUGGGAGGAUAACAAUCAUUUUAUAAAAGGUAGCAGAAUAACCAGGCAGCAUUUAGGGCUCAACUAAAUGUAUGGUCACAACUUUAAUGUGAUAUCACCCAGUGCAGUCAUGUUUUUAACCUAUUGAUGUUUUAGCUGCUUGGGUACCAUCAUAGAAUGUAAAGAUAAUGGAUCUAUUUAAUAUGGCAGCUUUUCCAGAUGUGUAUAAUGGAGGGAAAAUGUGUUAUGGUAGCUUAAGGUACUUGAAAAGGCAAAAUUUAUACAUUUAUCAUAAAUAUCAUAAAUCAUUUUAAAAUUAUGAAUAAAGAAAUUGAAGCACUUUCUACUAUGUCAAAUGUCAAGCA